ACAAAUUGAACUGUUGGUUGUUUCCAUGACUACGAAAACCAGCGCUGCACCAAUGACUGAUCUUGUGUUGGGCGACACAGCCAUUUUCGCUCUCGGGGGAAAAUAAUAUUGUACUGCGGUAUUAAAACAAGGAUUCUAUUCUUGAAAUACACACAGGCAUACAGGUUAGAUAGCAAUUAUUUAUUUGGUGUGUUGCACAGUUUCCCGACCGUGCACUGCAUUUACGGUUGGGGAAAACUGAUUAUCUUCUGUGAAGCAUUUGUGGAGCUGCGUAUUGUCUUGCGGAAGCUGGUCUGGGAUGCUGUCGGAAUAGAUAUCGAACUCAUCCCAUACUAGGCAACUGAUCCAACAGCAGUGUUUGCGCUCUAUGGACUGCCUGCCUGCCUGCCUGACUCCUCAAAAACAGAAACCAGGAUCACACUUGUCGGACCUUAACCCUGCAUGUCAAUGUGGUGAAAUCUGCUGUGCCGCCGCCCAGAAAACAGAUAUAGGGAGAGGAGCUACAUAAAACAUCACGGAUGUGUUUUCAUUCUAUCACGUAGUGUGUCUCGCUCUUCAUGUCUGGAUAGUGUAAAGUGCUGCUGCGACGAGAGACCUUCAACAUGAAUACAGGUAAUGAGUCUCACCUGUCAGAUUCAGAUCUGUGGCAGUCAUACAGCGCCACGGAGAGCCUGAGGAACGGCGACGUCACCACUUCCUCCCUGGCCGCCAAAGGCUUCAGGAGCGUCAGGCCCAAUCUACAGGACAAGAGGUCUCCCACACCAAACUACAUGGCAGUGAAUGGGAAUGGCGGGAUCACGGGCAGCUCCUACAGUCACCUCCAGAGGCCCUUCUCCCCCAUGUCCUACCCCCCUCCUCCCUCACUCAGCCCCAGCCUUGGCCUCUUAACACAGGCCAGGAGUGCAGAGGUCCGCUCCCCAGGCUACCCCCGUAUGAGCCGCCCUCCCCCCGCCACCCAGCAGAGGAGGAGUACCAGGAGGUACCAGGAGCCCCAAGGGGAGGCGAGGGGGGGAAAGCCCUUCACCACGCAGGCAUCGGCCCCGUGGAUGAGUCUGGCAUCCCCAUCGCCAUCAGAACGACCGUGGACAGGCCAAAGGACUGGUAUAAGUCCAUGUUCAAGCAGAUUCACGUGGUACACAAACCAGUGCACAGCUAAUCAUCCUACUUUGGUGUUUAUCACAGAAAAUGAAAAUAUGGACCCAUAUAAUACCACCCACACAGUAGUGAAUACCGAUAGACAUCAUCGCUCAGCCCCAGACUAUCGGCCAGCCAAGUCCUUGCAGACCCAUGCUCCGCCCCAGACCCACACGUACCGGCCAAUGACCAAGAGUGUGUCUGACAACAGCACGUGCAAUGUCUUCAGGAACACAAAUUCCUUAACCUCGCCCUCACCCAUGCCCCCCACACCCCCUCCCAUACUCUCAUCGGCACAUGUUCGAGAAAGGGAGCGCGAGAGGGACAGAGGCACAAUAGACAGAGGCACGGUAGACAAAAACCAAUAUGGACCCCCUGACAGAAAGGUGGACACCAGGAAAUAUCGUGCAGAACCUCGGAGCAUCUUCGACUAUGAACCUGGGAAAUCCUCAAUUUUGGAGCAGGAGAGACAGAAUACUAGUAACUCAAACCCUACUGAGGUAGAUUUAGAGGAUGAGCCUUGGUAUAAGUUCUUUGCUGAGCUGGAGUUUGGACGUCCGCCUCCUAAAAAACGUCUGGAUUAUAUAGUUGAGAGUUCCCUCCAACAGGCCUCUACAGACAGGAACACAGACAGGCCAUCAAGUGUCCACAGCUCAACCAGUGACUACAGGAAGAGGAGGAAGUCCGAGGUAGCAGCCCAGCAGCCCAGACCAGCCAGCACCCUGACCACAAGCCAGAGUACAUCCAGCAGCCUGUCAGGGCCCAAUAGCACCACCAGCCACCACCCAGUCUCCUGGCCUGUAGAAUCUCCCCGUAGCAGCAGUUACAGCAGCGGCCUCAACUCCUCAGGACGGCCCUCUGAACCUCCACGUAGCAGUAGUUACAGCAGCGGCCUACGCAAGCCUGUGGCAAGCUCCUCCCCUGCCUCCCCCUCCAAAUCCAAAGGUGGGGAUAUUAGCAACACCUACUCAGCCCAUUUCAGUUGUCCAGGUCCCUCUCCAGGUCCCAAACACAAUACCUCACAUAACUCAGUGUUUCCUUGUCUUUAUGAUGAGGCUUUUGACUGUGUUGAGCCCCCUGAGGGCUCUGAUGAGAGCCCUGAUGUGUGCCUGAAGAACGGCUGGCAGGCUCAUGUCCAGAGCCAGAAUGCCGAGGCCUGGAGCUCUGCUGAGGAAAAGCCAACCUCUCCCAAACUCAAGUCCUGGAGCUGUGACGACCUCCUGGCAGAAGAUAGAGGAUGUCCGGGAGGUUCUGUAGGUUCACAGGUUCGCUCCGAGAGUGUAGACUUCCUGUCACGUGAGCAGCAGGGCAAAGAUCUCAGCGUCUGUGACAGCCCCCUGAGAGAGCGAACCCAGCACCACUCGGCCCACGAUGCACCAGGCUUCCUCAAGCUGUACAAGAAGAUGCACCACAUCAACAGGCAGGAUCUGAUAGGCUCCCAAAGCUCCCAGGUCAUCUGCUCUGUGAAAGCCCGGAUCCUGGAGUACGAGAGCGAGCUGCACAAGGACCGGCUGGCCGGCUGGAGGGGCUACAGCGAAGAGGUGCCCCAGGACAUGGUGCACAACAGGAUCUCUGAGUUCGAGAGCCUCAUCCAGAAGUCUAAGUCCAUGCCCAACCUAGGGGGUGGGGGUGAGGGUGAGGCUACCCCGGGGGGCCCGUCCGGGAGGGGCAGCAGCCCCCAGCGAUGCUUCUCCAUCGAGUCCCUGCUAGACGAGGACCCCCCUGCCAGGAACCGCCCUGAGGGCCAGCCACACUACCCCAGGAUCAACGCUCCCACUACCAACAACUGUGUGCCCAUCCACAUCCAGAUCACUGGAGACCACCACCACGUCUACCCCCAGAGACCAGCUUCCCAGCAGGAAGUCUACUCAGACAGUGAUCAUGACGCCAUCAGGUCCAAUCUCAGUGACUUCAUCCAGAUAGAGGGAUCUUCCUUCUGUAGUGAGAGUGACUACGACCGCUGCUCUAGGACGUCGUCUGAGAGCCCCUACGGCUCAGGCCACUAUCACCACCAACACCGUCAUCAUAACCUUAACCAUAACCAGCAGAAGCACCUGGUCAGCAACUGUAAGGGCCGAUGCCCUGCCUCCUACACACGCUUCAGCACCAUGCUCAAACACGAGAGGGCCAAGCAGCUGACAGCCGAGGAUCCAGAGUCAACCCAGUCCAAGCUGGCCUUCCUUGUGAGUCCGGUACCGUUCAGGAGGAAGAGGGGCUCCCCUCCCCACAGCCACAGGCAGGCAGUCUCCACCCACAGCAGGCCCCCUCCCUGCUAUAAGAGCUCCAUGUACGAGGCUCUGGACGAAGCCCUGAGGGACAUCUAUGAACACAUCCGGGCCGAGAGGAGGAGGGGCAGCCUGCCCGACAACAGAAUCCUCCACAAGCUCCUGGACGAGCUGCUGCCAGACAUCCCAGAGAGGAGCUCCUCCCUCAGGGCACUGUGCAGACACAGCCCCAGCCCGGGACCCAGCCCCGUCCCUGGGCCCCAGACCCUGGAGCAGGAGCAGCCAUACCCCUCUCAGCCUGACGGCAUGCCCAGCCCAACCUGCUACCAGCCUGAGUACAGCCGCCUCUCACACAGUGCCUCCUAUCACCUCACAGACCCCAACAACAACAGCCAUAUCUGUGAAGACGACUACUACCAAGACCAGGACCCCACCAGGGGCCACUCUUACACUGAUGGGGGCCGCCACACCCCCCAGAUCAGGAUACCAACCCCUGAAGUCAGAGAGAAACAGCCAGCCAGAGCUGUAUAUGACUUCAAGGCACAGACAGUGAAGGAGCUGACCUUCAGGAAGGGGGAGACGGUGUACAUCAUCAGGCAGAUUGACAACAACUGGUAUGAAGGAGAGCACCGUGGACUGCUGGGGAUCUUCCCCAUCUCCUAUGUGGAGAAAAUCCCUGUCUCUAAGAAGCAGCAGCCAGCCAGACCUCCCCCGCCAGCCCAGGUCAGAGAGAUUGGUGAAGCAGUGGCUCGCUACAACUUUAAUGCUGACACCAACGUGGAGCUCUCACUGAGAAAGGGUGAGAGGGUGAUUCUGCUGAGCCAGGUGGACCAGAACUGGUAUGAAGGGAAGAUCCCAGGGAGCAACAAGCAGGGCAUCUUCCCCGUGACCUACGUAGAUGUAGUGAUCAAGAAGUCCCCCACUGCCAAGAACCCCGCCCACCACUACCUAGAAGCCUCUUCUUUACCCCAGAGCCUAUCCGCUGACAGGAUUCACCCUGUGGGUUCGGCCAAGUCAUCAUCCACGCGCCCUCGCUUCAGUCCACCAUCGCCUUCCCUCUCCUUCAGGACACCCCGCUCCUCCCUGUUCCCAUCCCCCUCCCCAAGUACCCAGAGGGCCCACCUGCAGGCUGUCACCAAUGAUUGGAUAAACCUGACCCUGGGCCUAUCCCCCUCCUGCACCCCGGCCCCCACUCCUCCCCCGUACCCUAACAGCAGUCUGCUGGCCGACCUGGAGGCCCUCAGCACCCUGGUGUCCCCCUCCCCCUAUCCAGCCCCCAGCCAUUUCCUGGUUUCCCCCUGCCCAGCCCCCACCUUCGGAACCGUAACCUCGACACCACGAAACCUCACACCUUCCCUCAGAGAGGGCCACUUUAUCCCCAUCACCUCACCCAAGGCUCCCAUCUACCCCUGCUCCCCAGAACCCAGACCCUCCCCACUAUCCUCCCUCCCCACCUCUGGCGGCACCUCUUUCACCUCAUCACCCAUCUCUCCCAUGUUUGGGAGCCCCAAGUAUGGCAGCGUGGUCGAUUUGUCUCAGAUUCAGAACAACACUAGCAUCAAGCCCAUUAUAGACUCUGAGAAACCAUUCGACCCCUUCUCAGACACAGUGGUCCUGUCUCCCACCUCACCUAAGGCCUGCAGUCCCAUCAAUCUGGUGGUGUACGAGCCCAGCGAUUGCUCCUCUCACAGUGACCACCCAUCUCAAAGCUACCCCCUGUCUCAAAGCUACCCCCUGUCUCACACCGACCCCCCAUCUCAACUCGAGAACAUAGUAGAGCUAAAUCAGUUUAUCUCAAAAGAGAUGAAUCAGUUCAUGGAGGACUCCACUAAAGACCAGGUAGUGGACCAGGAACAGGAAGAUGACCUUUGUGAGGAGCUGGUGUCCAUCAUUCAGGGGGGCGACCAAUCCAAAGGGGAAGAGUUUUACAGACAAGCAUCAGACGUGACAGAGGAGCUUCCCAAGCUCUUCAUAGAGGAGGAGCCUACUGAGAGCAGGAAGAUGACCCCACCUUAUAAUACCUUUACCCCUGUGUGUAGAGAUGGGGCAGAACAGGACAAGGGUUCCUCUGUAUGCCUCACCUCCCCUCCCUCCCAGCAGUUCACCAUCCCCACUCUCUCCACCUCACCCAAACCUUUGUCUCCCCUCAUAUCCCCCUGCACCACCCCUCCACUUCCAGGGGUGCUACACUCUCCCCCACCCUACAACAAACAGUACCCCCGCCUGGAGCCUAGGUCCUCCAAGGUCAAGCCUGUAAAUGGUGAGGUUGUUGUUGUGGGUAAGCCCCCUCGUAGCCCCGUGAUGUCUCGGAGGUCCUGCGGCUCGCCCAGUAGAGCCCAGAGCUAUUCCCCGUCUCAUAGGCGGCCAUUGUUUACCCAAGAUGCCCUGAAUUGUGGUGGAGAGGCGUUCCAGGUCCUGUAUAACUAUGCUCCACGUAAUGAGGAUGAGUUGGAGCUCAAGGAAGGGGACAUUGUUGAUGUGAUGGAGAGGUGUGACGACGGCUGGUUUGUAGGCACUUCCAGAAGAAACACGUUUUUUGGAACCUUUCCUGGAAACUACGUGAAGCGGCUAUAACCUUGUACUCAUGAUGUCCAGCAAAACUGCAGUGGUUGUAUAACUCAGUGGGGGAAUAACCAAUAUAUUCAGACUGUACAAAAACGUUACAUUCAUCUAUGACUAGUUAUUUUCAUUUUUAAAAAACUUUUCCAGGAGUGACAAUGCAUUUACUAAUUUGAUGAAUAGGAGAAGAUAUGAACCCAGUGGCCUUGAAGGAAUAUAUUUCAUGUUUGAUUUAAGGGUAUUCUACUCUACUAACUGUGAGGAUGUCUCAGUGUAUACAGUGGAUGCAACAAAUAAGGUUGAAAGCAGAUUUGGUCAUAAACAAAAAUGAGUUAUUUGUGCGUAAUGAGAGUUAUUUACAGUGAAGGAAUGCCUUAUAGACUAAUGGGUUUCACAAUAAUGAAGUAACCAAGUGCCCUAUUUACCAUGUAUUUAUUUAUACAUAAAUAUAUAUUUUUCUUGUUCUGGAAGUACUCUAUAAUUGAUUAUGCUAAUUGGCAUUAGGAGAGUGUGUUAUUAACCUUUUUGGAGAGGGGUUGUCCUCUUGCUUCAUACAGUUAAUGUGCAGGGGACCUGAACUUGGAUCUGUACAGGCAGGCAGAAAGAGAUGACAGUGUUGUUGGGUUAGUUUUAUACAGGCAAUUAGGGUUCCUCUUCAAUGCAUCCGUUAGCACAUGGCUUUGGACAGACACAUAGUUCAUGUAUUCAGGCAGUUACCUCUGACUGGAGCUAAUGUCUUGUCCGGUUUUGUUUUUCUCUCCUGACAUUCCUAUAAGUAUUAAUAAAAAAGAAAGAGAAGACUUUUAUGUAAUUGGACAAUAUAUAUUUUUUAAAAGCAAUGUCUUCUUUUUACAACUUGGGUAGAGUGAUCUGUUAUUUAAGAUUGUUCUUUAAUAUAUGAUCAUUUUACAAUGUGAACUGUCAAAUUAUUUGAAAUGAUUUAAAUAUCUUAGGGACAACUCACCUGCCACAAAUCCUGUAUAAAAGUGUUAAACAUAUUUGAGGUCAUUUAAUUUACUGUCUGUAUGCAUUCAGCUCCAAAUCACCGUUUGAUUUAUGCAAUAACCAUUCUCCCAAAUACCUGCCUUUCUGUUCUAGAACACAGAGCAACAAAAUGACAGAAGGAUUGGAAGUGAUGAUGUUGUUGAUGAUGACAUGUAAUAAAGUCAUCAUGUAACUUUGUGUUCACUACUGCCUAAACACACCAUACCGUAUAGUCUGUCCUGUACAGUGUAUGUCCCUGUGAUUAAAAAACAUCCACUGCCUCCAUCAGUCA